AUGUACAACGAGUCAGUAGUAACAGUAAAGACGGAGUCCUUCAGCGGUGUUGCUGCGAAAAGUCCCAUUGGACAAUGCAUCAAAACAGUGCUCAGGCGAGCGUGUGCCGAGAAAAGGCUGACUAACGGACUUAUGCCGGCUCUUCAGUUCCUUUCAAAGAACAGAUGUAGCACUCUCUUCUGCAUUCAAGCAGAGGCAAGGCCGGGGGACAGUGCCACCCAUAUGCAAGAGGUGCUCUUGCAGGCCUUUUGCAUGGAAAAUGAUAUAUAUACUAUUAAGGUGGAUUCAGAGGAAAAGUUAAAGAACUUACUCGGCUGUAGCAAAACCUCUUUGGACUUCAGCUGCGUCCUAAUCCACUACCCAUUUAUGGAUCCAUUUAGUGACAGUCAAGAGAUUGAUCUCUCCAUUCUUUCGGACGCCGAAAAAGACUUAAUCGACCACUGUGAAACGCACUGGGGACACUCGCAGGUUCCGGUCAUCAAAUUGCCAGAGAAGUGA